CGUUUCUUAAACAUGGCUCCAACUUAGCACUGAGCAAAACAGCAUCCCCUGAAUGACUGCCGUCCGUUUGCUGACAUGCAUCUGUAAAGAUCGGAAAAUGGAGCACGUUAAAUGCAGAUGUGCCCUGAAGGAUACGCUUGUUGAAGAAAGUUAAUAAAGUACAAAGUCAUCAUGCGUGAAGUGGAGCAUCGUUAGCUUCAUGCUAGCCUAACUGUCAGCUGCUACAAGUGGCGAGAGGUAAGAUUAAACAUCAGACUGGAGCUGUUUUCGGGUGUUUUUGUGCGAUUAAAGCUGGGUGAGACUAAGCCAGUUUAUCUGCCAUUUUAUAUCAACAUGGCAAAGGUAUUAUUAUACAUGCAAUAGCAGUAAUCUUAAGUUAUCAUAACGUUAGCCACUCUGUUAAGCUAAUUGCUAGCAUCAAGUUGACGUUAGUUUUAUCAAUGUCGUAAGGCUAAACGAGAAUAAUAAAAACGAGAUAAUUUAAACAUUUAAUAGUUUAUAAUUAGAGGACUAACUCCUAACUGCUUUACGAGAAGCUUGUGAUAUUUAAGGAGAUGUGUUUGGUUGAACAUUGUUGUGUUUUAGAUGUUAUCAUACCGUCAACUUGGUUAACCCAGCUAACGUCUAUCACCUCCAGCUUACCCAUCAUUUUCACAAUCAGUACCUUAUCUAUCAGAUCUAUCGAUGGCGUGUAUUUUGCAUUGUUAACUUUUGCUAAAGCUUCUCUGUAAAACAAACUCCAAACAGGAAGGUUAUUUUUAUUAUUAACUCGCCACUAGAGGGCAGAGUAUCUGUGUUGUUGGGGCAGAGGUACUCCAGUCAUGUGAGCUGAGCUGAGCUCCAACUUCAGGGAUUUAAAGAAGGACAAGGAGUCAUGUGCAUUCACAAACAACACAUCAUAUCUUUGUUGCAUCUGUUCCUCCUACUGUUUCUAAUCUGAUUGUUUAUUUAUGUUUUCCAGUUUCUUCAAGAGGACAGGCUAAAGAGGUGAUCAGGCCUUUGAUUUAGUUCUCCAUGAAUGUCUAAAAGUCGACUGAGUGGAAAACGGUGAGCUGUAAGCAGCAGAACAUUGAAGGACUCGUUGCAAGCAUUGAAGACUCACCAUGGAUUGGCUAAUGCAAUCGGUGGAGAAAGACUUGGGGAUUGACCGAAGGCAGCAGGGCCCAGGUCCCCGUCCGAGGGAGCUCAUAGCCAUCGUUCCCACACGCUGGGUGAUGGGCCUGAGGGAGAGGAGGGUCAUGCGCUGUGCCCGGUUUGACAGCACCAAUGAGGCUGAAAUUCACACAUACCUGCAGUGUUCCCAGGCCAAGCUGCCUCCUGGCUGGACACGAGUGUGCAUUCAGGGUCUGAGGAAGAGCAAGCUGAGCUACAGAUUGGCCAGAGACCCUUGCCAUCAACUAAUGGAAUUCACGCCACAGGAUUCUUAUGUCAAAACCAUGCAGUGUGUGUCUCAUCAUAAUGUCAGGUAGUAAAACUAUACCCUUUUACUCUUGAACGUGUCUGUGAUUAUAGUUUACACCUGGACAAAUGUUGAAAAUGUAAAAUCUACAAAUGAAAGUGAUGAACUUUUGUGAAUUACUCUCAUCAUGAGAGCUUUAAGGCAGCAUCAUUAAGUGGUGUGCUCAUUCCUCGAGGAUUGAAGGACAUACAAUAAUGGCAUAACAUUAGUAUUAACAGAUAAAAGCAAAAAAAGGUAGAUGUCUUGUUUUAUUUCUAUGUCUAAAUUAAAUAGACUUUCUGACUCAGAGCUACAAGUAAAUUCUUGUACAGAAAUGACCUUAUGUUCUUUCAAAAAUGAGUGCAUAUGGUAUGAGUUUGGAAGUAUUUGCUUAUCAAUCAGCUGCAAAAACCCGGUUUUGUGCAUUGCUUCUAUAAAUAAGUAUGAUUAGUGUUGAAAAAUCCCACAGGUGUUCAAGUGGAUAUUUCUCUAAUCUAGAAAUGCUGUUGUGUUUCUCUUUCAUAUGGUAAGGCGAACUCUUAACACCCCCUGUUUGUAGAGUUAAAUUGUUUAUUUUUCAUAGCCGAGAAGGGGGUUUUAGUCACAGCAAGGCCAAAGAUAUAAUUGCUUUUACCUGCGUAUGCAAUGAUGGCAACUGUGCCAUGUGGCCUCAGCUCUGGUUUAGUGGGCGUGAGGUGCAGAAUGUAUAUAACCAGCAGGGGCAGAGAGGAUGUGACAGAACGACAUAAAUUAUAAAUGACAGAAAGCUUUGAAGACAAGCUGUCAGAGCAGGUGCAAAUGAUCGACAUCACAUACCUUUUGUGUUUCACUUCCUGUCACUUGUUCUGCUUUGAUCUCAGCGUUAACAUAGUAAUCAUCCCUUUGAGUGCCGCUGUGUCUGUUUUUUUAGAUCCUCCAAUAACGCUUGGAGUACAUGGACAAAUAUAAGUACUCCAAGUGUCAUUAGAGGAUGUAACACUUGGAGUACAUCGUCGAAGAUGUAUAUUUACAGUUACGCUCAUGACACAGCUGGAUGCGUACUUGAACACAAGGCUUCACAGCAAGUGUAUCUCCAGCUUUGGGUGUUUGCUUUGUUAGAGGAUAUAAUUCUGUCUUGUUUGCAGUGAACUGAUCAGUUUUAUGUUUUCUUCUUCUUCUUCUUUAGGAAUCUAUGGAGGGAAGCUCAUUACAAGCUCGUACAGAGAUAUGCAGGACCUACUGAGCAGAUGCACGCUGCAGCUGUAGAUGCAGUCCGUCAUGCUUUACAAAAGCUUUUUAACUCCACAUUCAUCUCACCUGAAAAAGUUUCACCAUCCCUCUCUCCAGCCAGAGAGAAGGAAAAAGAAAACUACUUCCCAUCCAGUUCAUCGUGCAAUUCCAAGACCCAGUCGGACCGUCUGUGUCCGAACAUUUUGCCUGCUGAGUGUCUGCUGGAGACUGCAGAGAUGCUCUACGUGAUUCUACCCUAUUCUCAGUAUUCACUCCAUGACAUUGUCUCCUUCAGCCCAGCCAAGCUCGCUAACAGUCAUGCCAAAGUGUUGUUCAUUCUCUACCAGUUACUAAUAGCUAUACAGGCAAGUCAUGCAGCUGGUCUGUCGUGUGGAGAGCUCUCCUUGCAGGACAUAGCAGUGGAUGAGCAGCUAUGCAGCCGGCUGAAGCUCAACCUCGCUCAUUAUGAGGAUCUGGGGAAAGAGGGAGAUGCGAAAAGCUCUGUUACUGGCAGACAAGUGCCAAAAAGUGUCUUGCCAAGUGAAAAUUCAAGCCAAGAGAACAAAAGACUUUGCAGCGAUUGCUUCGGUGAGCUUAAAACGUUGGCUCUUGAUUGGGUCCACGGGCGAGUCAGUAACUUCCGCUACCUGAUGGAGCUGAACCGUUUAGCGGGACGGAGAGAAGGAGACCCAAAUUACCACCCGGUGCUGCCUUGGGUGGUGGACUUCACUGUGCCAUUUGGAAAAUUCCGGGAUCUCAGAAGGUCAAAGUUCAGGCUCACAAAGGGAGAUAAACAGCUGGACUUCACCUAUGAGAUGACCAAAGAGGCUUUAGCAGCUGCGGUGGGUAAUGGAGUCGGUGGGAGCGUUAUAGGCGGGGAUCUUAGUGGCUCUGUGGGUGCCGGUGGUGCUGGACAGCCAGAGCACCUCCAUGUACCUCAUCACAUAUCUGAUGUGCUCUCAGACAUCACCUACUAUGUCUACAAAGCCCGGCAGACACCCAAGUCAGUGUUGUGCAGCCACGUUCGAUCCCAGUGGGAGCCUAAUGAGUACCCGGCCAGUAUGGAGCGCAUGCAGAGCUGGAGCCCUGAUGAGUGCAUACCAGAGUUCUACACAGAUCCCUCCAUUUUCCGCUCGAUCCACUCCGACAUGCCAGACCUGGAUGUGCCUUCCUGGUGCAAGUCAUGCGAGGAGUUCAUCGAGGUUCAUCGGCGCCUUCUGGAGAGCAGAGAGGUGUCCCAGCAUUUGCAUCACUGGAUCGAUCUCACGUUUGGCUACAAGCUCUCUGGCAAAGAAGCUGUCAAAGCCAAGAAUGUGUGCCUGCACCUGGUGGACAACCACACCAAUCUGACUACCUACGGCGUAGUUCAGCUUUUCGACCAGCCCCACCCGCCCCGCUUAUCUUCUUCUCUGUACGCCCCAGCAGAACCUCCCCUCCUUGGCCUUGCAGCUCUAACUGUGCCUUCGCUACACUUCCCUCAAAUCGACACCGUGGCUGAGACUGUGGACGGAAUGGUGCCAGAGUCCACAGGUUGCGAGUCCAGCGGCUGGACCAUGGUUGACAGAGAGGAAGAGCUUGAACAAGGAAUGGAAGCCCUGGAUUCAUUGACGUCUGCUGCAUCUGGAACUGUGUCACUGCCUGGAAAUACAUCUGGAGGAAAACCUGGAGGAGAACACACAGCACUUAUCGUGUCACAGUCCCCAAGUGCAUUCCCCGGUGAUAUAGCAAGCAACUUAGGCCCGGGUUUACGCAGUGCCAUGUUACAAAGGGCCGGGCCUCCGAGCAAAAAACACGGAGACGUGGGUGUGACCGCCACAAAUGCGGAUGAAAUCAAAAUCAGCCUCCCUGAGGGUUUCAACCCACUGCAGCCUUUGGAGGAGCUGGAGAAACUGAACAACUUCCUGGUGAAGAGUCUGCAUGCCGAAGUGUCCGGUGACUACAUGAGAGAUAGCGGGAUAAUUGAAUCUCUGCCCUCUCUUACACAGCUCUACCAAAGGGACAUGCAAGCCCUGGGUGUCCUCAUCGCAGAGAUAUUCUAUUCCUGCAAGCUGCGGGGAGUGAAACCAGGAAGUCCCCUCAGACAGCGUUUCCAAGCUGUUAUGAAGCUCUGCUCUGCCAGCCUCCGCGAUGUGCCGCUGUGUUUGCAUCAUGCUCUGGAGACACUGCUGCUAAUAGAGAAGCACUCAGGAACAGCACACAGAGAGUUACCAGAUUGCACGCCUCCACUUCUUUUCAAGUAUGACCCCAUCCGCGACGGCCUGCCUCCCCCAAACCCCUGCCAGCUACUGAACUCAAUCAUCACCCCCUUUCCUUUCCCCUCCUAUUUCUCACCACUUCAUCAUUUCAUCUUUUCAUACCAUGCCAAACUGGAGACCACAUGUAGUUUUCAAGGAAGAGACGUCGUCUUUCACCUGUGGCAGCAGCUCGAGACUCUAUUGCGGGGUAACAUCACAGCAGAGGGUCUUGAGAUCCUCUUGCCUUUCAUUCUCGCCCUCAUGCUUGAGGAGUGCACAGCUGUGUAUGCUGCUUGGUACCUUUUCGAGCCCAUCUCUAGAGUACUCGGCCCCAGAAAUGCAAACAAGUACUUACUGAAGCCACUAAUCAAUGUCUAUGAAAACCCGCACUGCCUGCGAGGACGCUUCUAUCUCUACACCGACUGCUUCAUCCUGCAGCUCAUCGUGAGGCUCGGCCUGCAUGCUUUUCUGUCCAGUCUGCUCCCCCAUGUGCUGCAGGUCAUCACCGGCUUUGAAAGCUGCAACUCGGACUCUGGUGGGGAAGCGUGUAAAGGGCUGAGAGGGGGGACGUGUAAUCUCGGAGAGGAGGAGGAGGAGGACUUUCAGUGUGGCGAGCAGCGGUCGUCCUCUGGGUCUGUUAGCGGGGCAAUUGGAGGCAGCAGUGGAGCCACAGGAGGAGUCGGGGUAGUGGGCGACGCGGGGCUGGUUGAUUACUCCUCUGGCAUCAGCCUCAAUGACCAAGUGUUUCUCUCAGAGGCCGAGGACUUUCAAAAUGGGUUCUAUGUCAACAGCGGGGCAGGAGUGGCUGCUGGGAAACAGCAGAGCCAGAACGCCGCGGCCAAGGAGCAAGACCAGGAGUCUCUGAGUGUGGGGAAACUAAGUGACAAAAGCAGCACAAGUGAGCUGUCCCUGGGUGACGGAGACUCAAUGAGGGAUCGUGCCAGUCUCAAGUCGGCAGACAGCAGCCAGGACCUCAAACAAGCCAGCGAGGGAGAGGAGGGAGGGGAGCUGGAGGAAGAGGAGGUGACCGAGACGAAUGUGGGAAGAGACGAGACGGAUGACCCCCCUGCUCACAACCUGGACCUCACUCUUUCUGCCUGCACUAUAGACACCGUUGUCACUCUAGAGGGUGAUUUUGUGAACGGAUUGACACUAGAGGAGGCAGAAAAAGACGCUGUAGGAGAGCAGGGGGACGAGGAAGACCAUGGUCCUACCGAGGAGUCAGAGGAGAAAGAGCAGAAGAUUCUUCUCGGUGAGUGACUAACAGAGAUUUGUUUUUAUUUUUCACUUCUUCAGUUCCUUUAAGUGUUGAAUGUUUCUAUUCCUCUCGCUGCACAGACACAGUUUGCAAAACGGUUCGGUGGCUGUCUGCAAAACUCGGACCUACAGUGACAUCUCGAUAUGUCGCCAGAAAUCUGCUGCGACUGCUCACAAAUUGUUACAUCGGUAAGUUCAUUCAAAGCUCUCAGUUUUCAGUCCUUUUGUUUUAGCCUGUAGGAUUCUGUUUUUUAAACCUUUGUCGUGUAUUUUCUGCUUUUAGGACCUGAGAAACACCAGUUUGUGGCCUCUGCGAUUGAGGAGAGCAGUUUUGAGAGUGUGGGUUUGGGCAGUGUGUAUGAGAAGAGACCUGUGGUUGGUGACCAGACAGCGGGGCCUGUGCUGGAAUGUCUCAUCUACAUAGCUCAACUCUAUGGAGAGCCAGUUCUCACUUACCAGUACCUGCCAUAUAUUGGAUAUCUAGUAAGGAAAUACACAUUCAGUCAUAGAAUUUCUACUAUCAAGUAAUUUUUUAUUCAGGGACAGAAAAUUUGCACCUGAGUUUUUUUCUUUUUAUCUCAAACUGACUGAUUUCACAAACGUUUGCUCCAGGUUUCUCCACCUUCUUCACAACGUCUCAACACGCGAAAGGAGGCAAGUCUGCUCGGAGCCGUCGCACUCACACAGAAGAUCAUCGUCUUUCUCUCUGACACCACCCUAAUGGACAUGCUGAUGAAGAUCAAUCAGGAUGUGCUCCUUCCCCUUCUUGACUUACUCACCACCCCGCGCAUGGGGUGAGUACUACGCAUACACACACACACACAAUGUCUGCUGAGGCAUAACUACACACUGCGCCUGACUGUCAGGCAUGGCACGUCAAAUCACAGAACACUGCAGAUAGGUUGUUUUACUCGGUAUCUGUCACAUGCUUUUAAGAGAAUGUAUUUUUCAAAGUGGGAAAUCUUCUCAUUUUUGUGAUGAAAUAGAGUGAAAUCAGAUACGUGUUACAAUAGAUCUGUCAUUCACCCUCUGCUUGGUUUUUACCUGCUCUGCUAUACCCAGGUUCCCCAGCGGGGUGCAGACUCGCACUGCCGUCUGUCUCAAGACCCUCAGCCUGAUGGCUCUCAUCUGUCUGCGCAUUGGGAGGGAGAUGGUACAGCAGCAUAUGGCUGACACUCUGCGUCGGUUCUUUGCCGUUUUCUCUCUGCUGCAUUCUCUGCAGCCCCAGGUAUGCACACACACAAGCACACAAAAAAUACGCAAAUCCAAAAGAUUGACAAGCAACACGCCGAGUUUAUUUCUAGAAGACUUUCAGCGAGCGGAUCUGUAACAAAACCAAAUGACACAGAGGCAGUGGAAAAUAUGGAAGACAAUAACAGAGACAGAAACUUGGAGUACCAAGUGUCUGACAGAAAGAGAGAGAAAGAGAGAGAGAGAGAGUGUGACUUUGUUAGUGUGGUAAGAUUUUGCUGCUUGAGUCAGAUUAUUUAGAAGUUUCUUCAUGAAGUUGUUUCUGCUUCCUUCACCUGUAAUCACUAAUGUGCUAAUUUUUUACUCUGUAGCUGGAAGGCGCCCCUCACAGGAUGAUGGGGGAAGUCACAGUGGUGGAUGUCUGCACUCCUGAAGGGUCUAAUGUUACAUAUGAGUUGGGGGUGCUGGAGGAGCUGCAGACUGUUUUUAACCCUGAGAUGGCUCAUGCCUCCUACAUCCCCUUCUACUGCCUCAUAGGUAAACGACCCCUCAAAUUCAGUACAGUUGUUGUAUAAAUAUCUUAAAUUAUUUUGAGUCUUAAGCAGUAAACUCGUGUGAUUCCUUUAGGUGACACUGCGAUUCGGAAACUGGUGCCCAACCACGGGCUGGUCUGGCAGUUGGCCCAGUCUUACCAUCAGAGUGUGAGUCAAAUGAGCCCAGGGGCGAACCCGGCUGCAGUGUCCAGAGUAGACCUCCCUCCAUCUUCUGCAGGUGUCUCCACCGUUUUUGGCAGACGUGUCGGUGGCAGCCCCUUCCCCGCACCUUCAUCCAACUCCAGCCAGCUGGGGGACUCCCUCCCUGAAUCAGGCACGUUUGGGAGCCACCUGGUAGGAAACCGUAUCCAAGUGUCCAGGGACGCUGAUUUUGACGGCGGUUCCGCCUUGGGUUUGGCCAGCUCUUGGGGACGCCCCAGCCAUAUCACACCCAUCAUCACCACUUCCUCCACCUUCACCACUUCAUCUGCUGGCACAGUGUCCUUUUCCUCCUCCUGGGUGACAGACCCCACCCCAGAAGACAGCGCCCUGAAGCAGGAGCUCCCUCGCAGCGGGCGCUCGUUGCAGGGAAACUGGCUGGCCUACUGGCAGUAUGAGAUCGGCCUAAACCAGCAGGACCCACAUUUCCACUUCCAUCAGAUCCGGCUGCAGAGCUUUCUGGGUCACUCAGGCACCACAAAGUGUUUGGCACCACUGGCAGGAGAGGAUUACUUCCUCUCUGGUAGUAAAGACAAGACGGUGAAGCUCUGGCCCCUCUAUAACCACGGCGAUGGGACGCAGGAGGUGGAGCCCAGGCUGACGUAUAAUGACCAUCGCAAGUCAGUCUUCUAUGUUGGACAGCUUGAGGCUUCACAGGAGGUGGUCAGCUGUGAUGGCACUAUUCACCUGUGGGACCAGUAUACGGGUGAGAGAGAUGCAGCACAAUAUAUCUCUGCUCCCUUAAGAUCUAAGACACACAAAGUCGCUCAAAUAUCCGAGUGAAAUAACUGUUUUUCUCUUUCUGUUGUCUGUAGGCAAGCAGAUCCGCUCAUAUGAAGCCGUGGACGGGAAGAAUCCCAUCACAGCUGUCACCACUAUGCCAGCUCCACACUGCAGUGUUGUGUUUGGCAGCGCAGAUUCUGUUCUCCGCUUCAUUGAUCCUCGCAAACCGGGAUUGCAGGUUGUAAUUUCACUUAGCAAGCUCAUUCUGGCGAGACUCAAUCCAUAAAACAUCCGCUAAUUAACAUUGAUUACUGUGUUAACAAAAUGGUAGCAGUUUUUUUUACAUCCCUCCGCCAUAGAGUUAUUUCAGCCUUGACAUUGACAAAUCCUCCCCUGUGUCUUCAGCACGAAUUUCGUCUGGCAUACAACAAUGUGAGUGCAGGGCUCAUCCGCUACCUGGCAGUGAGCCCCUCGGGGCGCACCGUGGCUGCAGGUUUCUCAUCUGGCUUCAUUGUUCUGCUAGACGCACGCACCGGACUUGUUCUGAAAGGCUGGCCGGCUCAUGAGGGAGAUAUCCUCCAGAUGAAGGUACACUUAAUGAGUGUGUGGGUCUUUACCUUUCAACUUUAUAACUCAAUCAGUCUCAUUGUGUAAUUUUAGACAUAAAAUAUAUUUGAAUAUCGCAGAAUGGAAAGAGAGUCAGAAAACGGAUGAAGGAGGGCGUCAAUGUGUCGAAAAACUAGGUUUUGGCUCGGAUAUGGGAAUUUGUGUGAAGUUGUAGGGUGCUUUGUAUCACUUGAGUGUAGGUUUUAUAAAUCGCCUAACAUUGACUGGAAAAAGUUUAAUUUGACUAUUUAAAAUCAAAUAACUAUGAAAAACAGUGGUACUUGAUGUAAGUCUCAGGGUUCUAUGAUGUCCCUUCUAGGAAUAAGAUGAAUAAUGAAACCAACCGUGAUCCACAAAUUUAGAUUUAGCAUUUUAUAACCUUCCCUUCAUCCACAUAUGGUCACUUCUGGCUCCAGAAACUUGAAAUAAAUGGCCACAAUACCAAAAUCAGACAUCAUGGAUUGUUGGAUGAGUGACACUGGGAUUAAUUUAUUAUUUCAUGUUUUCAUGAAAGGAAAUCUCCAACUAGUUAAGUGCAAAAUACCAGCUCAGAGAGUAUACCGACGAAUCUGAGAUGAAAUAACGCUUGAACUAAAUCGUGUCCAAAUUUGAACUUUUGUUACGAGAAGCGUGCGUGUCAGUUUUGUGUUUCUCAACAGUGAGCUGACGUGUGGGACUUGAAAACAGUGGAGUCGUUGUUUACAUGAGACGUGGGCCGACCGUGGGCCAUGCAGUGUGUCACAAAAUCGGGCAGCCACUCAAAAUUUGUUUCCAGCCUGAUAAAUCGCAGCCAAGCACAGCUAACAAAGCUGACGGUUUUUCUCUGUGACAUUGAAAUUUUCUUAGUUUUAAAUCAUUAAAAACUGUUACUAGUAACUCAGUCUUAACUAUUGAUUGGAGUCUGUAUUUGGAGAAAGCAGAUGGGACAGUGGGAGGAUGAGAACAUUUUUAUUGUCUGAUUUGUAAAGCUUUAGUGCAUUCAUUAGAGAAACCUGGAGGGAAGGAAAUAACAAUAUGGCUUUUUGGUAAACAGUGGAAACUUUUGGGUUACUCCAUUCUGAUGCACACUGCGCAAAAUCCUGUUAACCUCUGUUUCUGUUGACUCUCUGAACAACCUACAUAAUAUCCAUACGGUACGUCUGACCUAGACAGGCUUGGUGUGUUGUCUACAAGAGCUGUUAGAUAAUUUUACUCUGAUUUUUGACCUUUUUAACGCUGGUUUAGAAAUUGUUGAAAGAAGUAGCACUUAUCAUUAUCCUACCCCUGUUAAAAAUCACAACAGUGUAUUGAAUGCACUGGGUAGGCAGUUGUAAGCAAGGGGAAUGUUGCAGCACAUAGAGUAAUUAGUCCUGUGUUCAUUUAUUCGAAUAGAUGUCUAAAACCUGAGUCACAGGGUGUAGAUGUAGAAACCUAAGCUAUUGAAUGUUAUCAAAAAUCAGUCUAAGUGGUUAUAUCCUUAGAAACUUUGACAUAUUUAGGCCAGAAGGUGUGGCUGUACCCGUUAACAGUCAUGUGACCAACAUUGAGUAAGACAGUCGUCCAGGUGGUUUUUAUUUUGACAUUCAGAGUUUAUAUAUUAAGUGCAGCUCAGAUGGAGAAAGUUGUACCCAGCAAGUCUGUUGUCAACAAAGCGCAAAGAUUAGCAAACUUUAUUUAACCCCAAUUUAGGUCAAGGAUCGUAUCUCUUGUUUUAAAGGCACAAGUUUAGGCAAAUAUGGACACAAGUUACUCAUUAGAAAGACGGCUGCAGCUCUCAUUGGCACAUUCAUAUUACUCAGACUUCCCCUCGGGUGGAUCAACCAGGGGCUGUUUCAGUCUCUCCUUAAGAAACGAGAUAAAAAUGAACUCAUUUUCUUUCAGUUUAUUUUUAAACUUUUUUAACCUCAAUUUGGGAGUAAAGAGUGUGACAAACCCAAAUUACUCACAGGAACAGUAGAAGUUCUAGAUAUGCUGUAUAUGAACAUUACUCAUGAUGUAUUACUAAUAUACCAGUGAUUUUUAUCAACCCCUGAGCUAGAAGCCUUAGAGUGGAAGUCAGUACAUUUUGACUUUAAGAUUAUGAAAGGAAAAUUAGAUAAUUGAAAACUAAUAUGGCUGUAGGCAGUUUCCUCCUUCACCUGUUUGAGUGUGUUUGUGCAUAAUUUUUAAAACCAAAGUCAUUAAGUUGUUUUGUUUGCAUCUUGGAAGUAUCAUAUUUCAGUAGGACCUUAAAUUUGCAUUACAUGGAAGUCAAUAAAACAUGUCACAAAACUUAAGAUGGUGGAAUUAUUGCAGGGAUGUGACCACAAAGGUCAGUGACUUCCUUUAUUCUCUCAUUUCAGGCUGCAGAGGGAAACUUGGUCAUCAGCUCCUCCACUGACUACACACUGAGUGUGUGGAAAGAUCUGGAAAACAAGCCUCUACGCCAGUACAAGUCUCAGUCCGACCCCAUUCACGCCUUUGACCUCUACGGCCCGGAGAUCGUCACCGGAACAGUGGCUAACAAGAUCGGGGUGUACUCCAUGGCGGACAUCUCCCUGAGCCCUGUUAGCAGCACAAAGCUGAGCUCAGAGAACUUCCGCGGUACUCUGACCAGCCUUGCGGUCCUUCCCACCAAGAGGCUUUUACUGCUGGGCUCUGAGAACGGCGCCAUCCGGUUAUUAGCGUAGGAAAAAUCAAUGGCUCCCAGAUGCAGGAAACACACUUCCCACUGUCCUCCAAAGUGUCUUAUUGGUGAAGACAGGCAGGUGUCAGACAGGCUCUUUGUCCCCUCUCCCGAGCUUGAGGUCAGUUGUACAGGAAAGCAGUUUGUCAGUUCCGCUAAAUUGCUUUUUAAAUGAAGCAGCACAAGCAUAGGCAUUGUAUAAGCUACAUGUGUCUGAAUCUUGCACCAAAUUUGAUCGAAAGGAAUCGUGUGCAACGCACUUAACAUUUAUGGUGUACAGUAGAUCCCAUGAAUUUUUUAAAAGCUUAUAGAUGUAUAGAUAGUAUAUAAUGGGGAAUACUUAUCUUUACAAGGUCAGUCGUUUCUUCAAACAUGAAAUCAGAAGAUGUGCUCAGGAAGGUGGAACCAAACACGGUUCUCAUGUAGUGUUUACACUUUCCAAAUAGAUGCAUAACAACACCAAAAAUACAUCGACCUCCACUUUCAUUUCCCUUCAUGUUAGAAGACAUGCAUACCUGAAUGCACUGAUUAAACUAUGCAGUAUUUGUAGAUCAAAUCGUUUGUUUGUGUUAGUGUCAUCAUGUUUUACAUCCAGCAGGUGUUUCACAGUAAAUCGUUUAUAUCUAUGGUAAAAUUACACACUGUUGGGUCGACAGUCUCAGUGUUCCCUCUUAGAGUGGACGUACUUCAGCUGUCGUCACAUUACAAAAGUGAGUUACUGAUGCACAGCCUUUUCUUUUUUCUUUUUUCUCCUGCACAAGUAUAGCCUGAAUUGCAACAUUAAAACUCACACACAGAUUUUAAAGACUGAAUGUUUUUAUCCACUAAUAAAUUACUUGAAGUUGCUUUGGGAUUUUUAAACAGUGUUUAAAGACUCAUGAUUUAGCAGUCAGACCUGUAGCAACAUUAUCCUGCGAGUGUGUGGCAAAGGCCAGUUUAACUGGGUUUGCCCGUAGUUAGACUCACCACUGACUACAAAAGCUAACAUAGAAACAGUCAAUGCCAAGAUGAACAAUUUUCUAUUCCAACAUUUGUUACUGCAUAUGAAUAUAUGUAGAGAAAAAAGCUCCAAAAUCAUAACAAAGGAGUCAAAUUACUUCUUAUUGUGUACUGCAAAUGAACACAAAGUAGAGAUUUUUCUUCCUUAAAUUUAGCUUGAAUAUGUCCAAGCUUUUCAAGCCUCUCAGCAUCCAAUAAUCAAAGCUCAGAUCUUGAUAUGAUUUUUUCAUGAUAUAAAAACGCAGUUUGCCUAAUUUUGUAAUUAUUUGCCCAAAGCCUGAUAUGCUCUGACAAGUGUAUUACACCCUUUUGAUAUUUUGUGUUUUUUGUAAACUUGGAGUCGAAGCUCAAUAAUCAUGAAAUGAAAUUCUUGUUUAAAAAAGAAAAUUUGUAGUUGCAUAAUUGGUAACAACUGUUUCAGCAUCUCUUCGAACAUUUUACGAGAAGUCCAUGAAAACGCUUAUUUAUUAACUG